AUGCUGAAGAAGGAAGCUAAAGAACUGACAUGGAACUUCAAGGAGAGCUCAAUGCAGAUCCGCAGAGGCAAAGAAACGGCGGCGAAAGAGCUCGACCGCGAUGGAAACCUUGUUUUCUGGGGCGGUAUGAAGAUGAGAAAGGGAGAUAAGAGAUUUGUCUUCAAUCAAAUUGUCCUUUUGAGAUCAGGACUCCUCAAGAAAGAAAGACGGCUUCUUUGGUCUGAGCUGGAAUCCCUUGCUUCUUCUCCUCAGUUCUCAUGUACUCCUUGGACAAUCCUUGGUGAUUUCAAUGCUUUUCUGUUUCCUUCUGAGCAUUCAUCAGUCAAUCAGUCUCCUUCUAGAAGUAGCAUGAGGGAAUUCAAAUACUGUGUUGACAAAUGUGCUCUCUCUGAUUUGCCUUAUUGUGGUAAUACAUUCACAUGGACUAAUAAGCAAUGCAAAUGGAUUGUGGCUAAAAAGCUCGACAGAAUUAUGGUUAAUGAUGCUUGGUUCGCUUCUUUUCCUGAGUCUAUAGAUGUAUUUGGGGAACACCUGGAAUUUCUGAUCAUAGCCCUUGCUGUGUUUUUCUUGAUGCGCAAAAGCCAAAACAAAAAAAGACCUUUCAAGUUCUUCUCCUUGCUGAACCGUCACCCCGAGUUUAUUGAAGUCAUCAAAUGUUGUUGGGAUUCUUUGAAUUUCUUAGGCUCAAAAAUGUUGUGCAUCUCCAAGAAAUUGAAAGAGCUCAAGAGUGUUAUUAGAACUUUUUGUCGUGAUAACUUCACUGAUUUGGAGAAGAGAGUGGCAGAAUCUUUCUCUCCUCUCCUGUAA